GUUCUCAAUUGAUUUCUUCCCCUUCCCAAAGUCCCACUGGUUCAAUUCCGAAGAGGCCUCCGGAGUCCAGAAACUAGACGACCGCGACCAGCCACGGCCACGGCCAGGACCACGACGAGAUCAGUGCACCUAACUCCGGCACAGCUACCGCACUUUUCCAUUCAGCUGACACACCAUUUUCCCCUGGUACGUGGAUAAGGGCGAACAAGGAGAAUGAACAAAGGUGGACCAGCGGGUGGAGGAGUAUUGGGGAGUGGAAUUGGAGGUGUUGCUGGAAGCGGGCCCACGGCCGCAGCGGCGGCAGCUGCUGCUCAGAAGCAAAAGACUUUGUUACAAAAAGUAGAAGGCGACAUUGCCAAUAUUGUGGAUAAUUUCAGCCACCUUGUUAAUGUUGCUAGGGUAAAUGAGCCGCCAGUUAGAAAUUCACAGGAAGCUUUCAUGAUGGAAAUGCGUGCUGCUAGAAUGGUCCAAGCAGCUGAUUCACUACUUAAAUUAGUGUCAGAGUUGAAGCAGACAGCAAUUUUUUCAGGAUUUGCUUCUCUUAAUGACCAUGUUGAGCAAAGAGUGGUUGAAUUUAACCAGUUAACAGAGAAAACAGACAGAAUAUUAUCUAGGAUUGGAGAAGAAGCUGCUGCUAGCCUUAAAGAGCUUGAGUCUCAUUAUUCUUCUUCUACACAGAAGAAUAUUGACGGCCUAGAACCAUGACUGAUACUCUCUCUGUUCAUCCACCUUGCACCUCUAACUCGCAGAAGAAUAUUUUCAAGCGCCUAAAUAGAUGAGUUUUUCUGUUUUCAGAGGAAGUUUUCUUCGUUUAAAUUACUGGAAUUUAGGACUAGGUAUAAUCAACCGGUAUAUCAUUUAUUAUGUGUACAAUGUACGGUCGAUUGUGGCACAUGGAAUGAGGAACAAAAUUUAGCUUUGUACCCCAUGUGUACUCAAGAAACAUAAUAACUUUGUAGUCAAUUCAAGCGGCUUUGUAUCCCAUAACGUUUUUUAAUAAAUUGUUUAGGUGUAUCAAAUUUCAAUGUUUUCUGGAAA